CUCCUAAAUUUUGACAAAUUUUGCUCAAUUUUGUCGUGCGAUCAAUUGUAAACAAUGCAAAAAUGCUUCUCCGUUAAACGUUUGGCCAAUGAAAGUUAUUUCCACAACAAUUAAAUAAAUUGUGGAAACUUAUUCCUAUUUUUUAUCCAAAUAGAGUGAAACUAUUGUCACGUGCGCAAAUGUGGUAUUUUUCUAACCUGCGAUCCCUGCGAUCAAAGGAUAACCUAUAUAGUUGUAAUCGUUUUUAUACGCAAUUGCGCAAAAAUUAAAGGUUGGUUAAAUACAUGGAGCGAAUAUUUAACUAAAACUUGAAACAAAUAAUGGCAAGGUCGGCGGUUUUAUUUUUUGGAUAAUUGGGAACCAUGAUUGCAGCUUCAGCUCCCAGACAUUUUUAAACAGCCCUAAAAAAUUCACAGCCUCAUAAUGACCAAUACAGUUCAGCAAUACGUCUCGCGUCUAAAAUCUCGUCAUGAGGAAGUCCGCAACAAAGCAGCUCGCGAUCUUUCGGUCUAUGUCAGAACGGAGCUCCGGGAGGCCUCGCAAGAGGAAAUAACCGCCUUCAUGGACGACUUCAAUCACCACAUCUUCGAGAUGGUCUCCGGCACCGACAUGAACGAGAGAAAGGGUGGAAUCCUCGCCAUAGUCUGCCUCAUAAAUGCCGACGUUGGGAAUAUCAACACCCGGACGAUAAGAUUCGCCAACUAUCUCAGGAAUCUGCUGCCAUCGAGCGAUGUCGGUGUGAUGGAACUGGCAGCAAAAACGGUGGGAAGACUGGCCCUCGUCUCGGGAACCUACACAGCAGCCUACGUCGAAUUUGAAGUGAAACGUGCCUUUGAGUGGCUCGGCGGUGACCGAAAUGAGGGCAAACGGCACGCGGCAGUUCUCGUCCUGAAAGAACUCGCGGUCUCGAUGCCAACCUACUUUUUCCAACAAGUCACCCCAUUUUUCGAAGUCAUCUUCAACGCCGUCCGCGAUCCGAAAGCUGUGAUUCGAGAAGGAGCCGUUGAGGCUCUCCGAGCAGCAUUGAUCGUGACUGCUCAGCGCGAAACCGCGAAGCAAAUGCACAAAUCCCAGUGGUACAAGCAGUGCUACGACGAGAUCGUUUCGGGUUUUGAGGAUGUCUACACGAGAGAGCGAGGAUUCAACCGGGACGACAGAAUUCACGGAUCGCUUCUUGUUCUGAACGAGCUGCUUAGAUGCAGCAAUGUCCAGUGGGAGCGAAACUACGAGGCCCUCAUGGAGAAACUGAACUGCUCCACUCAGAAGAAAGAGAAUGACCUGAUUCUUCUCAUGCCUCAUCUGAAAUCGACGGUUGUCUCCAAGUGGUCCAUAUCGUCCAGAAACGCUCCGAAUAUGCAGGCACACACUCCCGCGCACGAGUCCGCGGCCUGUCGGAGUUUGAUGCUCGAGAAGUUGGACGACAUCAACAACGAGGUGAUGAGUCAGAGGAUGUCGCGAAAUCUCCACAUUCAGCACGCCUUGAUGACUCUUCUUCCACGACUCGCUGCCUUCAAUAGGGAGAAGUUUGUCAAGAAUAAUCUUCGCGAUUGCCUCGCUUAUCUGCUGAUGACUUUAAAAGGCAGAGAAAAGGACAGAGCCGCGGCCUUCACAACUAUAGGAUUGAUCGCAGUGGCUGUUGAGGAUGCGAUCAAACCCUAUCUUCCAAAAAUCAUGGACACGAUAAAGUCCUCCCUUCCCUCGAGGGAGACACCUAACAAGAAGCGAGUUGCUCUCGAGCCAGCGGUUUUUAUUUGCAUUACUCUUCUGGGACACGCUGUGAAUCAGACGAUCACGGCCGAUGUUAAGGAUCUUUUGGAAUCGAUGCUAGCCACUGGAUUGAGUCCAGUUUUGACCACUUCUUUGAGAGAACUAGCGCACAAUGUGCCGUCUCUCAAGCCCGACAUUUCACAGGGUUUAUUGCGAAUGCUUUCUCAGGUUCUGAUGCACAAACCUCUGAGACAUCCUGGCGCUCCAUGGAAUGCGAGCAGUCCAAUUAUGGCUCCACCGACCGAGGUUGAUGUCCCGUCAACAGUUCUGGCGCUCAGAACUCUCGGGACUUUCGAUUUCGACGGAAAUCCUCUUCUGCAAUUCGUGCGAAGAUGCGCUGAUCAUUUUCUGACAUCGGAACAGGCCGAAGUUCGUCUCGAGGCUGUGAGAACUUGCUCGCGACUAUUGCGUCUCGCCCUGAAUCAACCGGGUCCAACAGUCACAACUACAGUUUCAUCGGUCGUGGGAAAACUCCUCGAUGUUGGGAUUAUUGAUACAGAUCCAGAUGUGAGAUUCUGGGUAUUGGCGUCUCUGGACGAGUCGUUUGAUGUUCAUCUGGCGCAGGCGGAGAGCCUCUCUGCUCUAUUUGUGGCGAUGAAUGACGAGGUUUUUGAAAUCAGGGAGAUGGCCAUCAGGACGAUUGGAAGACUGAGUACCAUGAAUCCCGCCUAUGUGAUGCCUUCGCUCAGAAAAAUUCUUAUCCAGUUCCUAACCGAAUUGGAACACUCGGGAAUGGGGAGGAAUAAAGAACAGGCUGCAAGAAUGCUGGAUCAUCUAGUCGUGAGUGCUCCUCGACUUAUCAGACCCUACAUGGAGCCAAUUCUGAAAGUCCUAGUGCCAAAGUUGAAGGAAGCGGAACCGAAUCCAGGAGUUAUUCUCGCGAUUUUGCGAGCGAUCGGGGAUUUGGCUGAAGUCAACGGAGCUGAGAUGCAACAGCGGCUCGAUGAACUCUUGUCGAUUUUGUUGGAAAUGCUCGUGGAUGCAAGUUCUCCGGAGAAAAGGGGAGUAGCUCUCUGGGUUUUGGGACAACUGGUUGGAAGCACAGGAUACGUCGUGACGCCCUAUAUGCAGUAUCCAACACUUUUGGACGUUCUCAUCAAUUUCCUCAAGACCGAGCAACAGAAUCACAUCAGAAGAGAAACUAUCAGGGUGCUCGGUUUGCUCGGCGCGCUCGAUCCCUACAAACACAAGAUGAAUCUGGGCCAGAUUGACUCGCAACUCGAUACUCUUACAUCCAUGGCUGAUAUUAAAAGUGACGCUGAGACUAAUCAGGAUUUGACAACGAGUGAAAUGCUCGUGAAUAUGUCUUCAUCGACACUCGAAGAAUAUUAUCCAGCGAUAGCGAUUGCCACGCUGAUGAGGAUCAUCAGAGAUCCAACUCUCUCCCAGCAUCAUACAAUGGUGGUCCAGGCGGUGACUUUUAUUUUUAAGAGUCUCGGGAUUAAAUGUGUGCCCUACAUUUCUCAAGUGAUGCCCAGUUUUCUCAAUGUUGUUCGCACAGCAGACGUGAUUUUCCGAGAGUAUCUCUUCCAGCAGCUGGCCAUCCUCAUCGCUAUUGUGAAACAGCACAUCAGAAACUACCUCGACGACAUCUUUACUUUGAUCAAGGAAUUCUGGACGGUGAAUAGUCCAAUGCAGACGACCUUGAUUCUUCUGGUUGAGCACAUUGCUGUGGCUCUGGGUGCCGAAUUCAAGAUCUACCUUCCACAAUUGAUGCCACAGAUUCUCCGGGUUCUUACACACGACUCGAGCAAGGAUCGCGCAGUGACUGUGAAACUUCUCCUGGCUCUCCAGAAAUUCGGCAACAAUCUUGACAACUAUCUUCAUCUUGUUUUACCGCCGAUUGUUAAACUCUUCCACGCAACCGACUGUCCCAUCACAGUGAACAGAGUCGCUCUUGAAACUGUUGAUCAUCUCGCAGAUACUCUCGAUUUCACCGACUUCGCCUCGAGAAUUAUUCAUCCUCUGGUGCGAACUCUCGAUCAGUGCCCGGAACUUCGAGACACCGCGAUGGACACCCUCUGCGCUCUGAUAAUCCAACUCGGCAAAAAGUAUAAGAUUUUCAUCCUCCUUGUUCAAAAGGUGAUCAAUAAGCACAAGAUCACUAAUGCCCGAUAUGAAUGUUUAGUGAAUAAAAUUGAUAUCGAGUCAUCAGUGAUGGACACCGAGGAUUAUCUUCUUUUCAAGCAACGCCACACCAAGAAUAAAAAUCGAGACCCUUCGCUGAUGUCUUCGGACACGACGACCAUCAAGCGCCUCCACGUGGAAGCUUCGAAUCUUCAGAAAGCCUGGACGGCGACAAGGAGGGUUUCCAAGGACGAUUGGCUCGAGUGGCUAAAAAGUCUGUCGAUAGGUUUACUAAAAGAAUCACCAUCCCCGGCUUUGCGGUCCUGUUGGGCAUUGGCUCAGACCUAUUCGCAACUUCCCCGCGAUCUCUUCAACGCCGCUUUCGUCUCCUGCUGGACGGAACUCAACGAAAACUACCGUGCCGAAUUGAUCCAGACUCUCCAGCAGGCACUGAUGGUCCCGGAUCUCCCAGAGAUCACGCAAACGAUUCUGAAUCUCGCCGAGUUCAUGGAGCACUGCGACAAGGGACCGCUUCCUCUCGACAAUAAAAUUCUGGGAGAGAGGGCGAUGCAUUGUCGAGCCUACGCGAAAGCUCUUCAUUAUAAGGAGGACGAGUUUCACAAGAGCCGGAAUAAGAGUGACUCGGAGAGAGGUGAUUCGAGAAAUAAUGACUCGAAGAGCAACGUCUACGAGUCGUUGAUUUCUAUUAACAAUAAAUUGCAGCAGAAGGAGGCGGCUGAAGGUCUUUUGGAGUAUGUGAUGAACCAGCACAGUCAACCGGAUUUGAAGGUUCAAGUCAGGUGGUAUGAGAAGCUUCACAAUUGGGACAAGGCCUACCAUCUUUACAAAGAAAGAUUAGACGUUGAUCCUAACGAUGUGGAGUCAACCUUGGGAGAAAUGAGAUGCCUAGAAGCUUUAGGUGAAUGGGGUCAACUCCACGAGGUUGCGAUGAAUCAGUGGUCGCACCAGAGUGAAGAAACUAAGCAAAGAAUGGCGAGAAUGGCAGCUGCUGCAGCUUGGGGUCUGAACCAGUGGGAGAGCAUGCAGAAAUACGUCUCUCUGAUUUCAAAAGACACUCAGGAUGGGGCUUUCUAUCGAGCUGUCCUCGCAAUUCAUGAUGAGAAGUAUGAUGUGGCUAAUGAGUUGAUAGAGAGUGCCAGGGACCUGCUGGACACGGAGUUGACUGCGAUGGCUGGUGAGAGUUACCAGAGGGCGUACAAUGCCAUGGUGGAGGUGCAGAAGCUCGCGGAAUUGGAAGAAGUCAUUCAGUUUAAAUUGGUCCCGGAGAGAAGGCCGACAAUCAAGAAUAUGUGGUGGGAGAGGCUCCAGGGUGGCCAGAGGAUUGUGGAGGAUUGGCAGAAGAUCAUCCAGGUUCAUACGCUUGUUGUCUCACCCCAGGAUGAUAUGUACACCUGGUUGAAGUAUGCGAGUCUUUGCAGAAAGAGUGGGAAUCUUAUGUUGUGUCAUAAGACACUCGUCAUGCUCCUCGGUAUGGAUCCGUCCCUGAUUCCUGAUAAACCUUUGCCUACGUUGCAUCCUCAGGUGACCUUCGCCUACUGCAAACACAUGUGGGUUGCAGGAAAACGAGACGAGGCCUUCAACCAGCUUCAGAAAUUCGUCACAUCCUUCCUCUCGACCUCUAGUAUCUCAUUAACAAACCAGGAAGAUGAAAAGCACCAGGAUUCGCGCAAACGAUUGCUCGCCAGAUGCUACCUGAAACUCGGCGAAUGGACCGAAUCCUUGCAGGGUAUCAAGGAACACUCGAUUCCAGCUGUCCUGUCUUAUUAUUUAGCAGCCACGGAACACGACGCUACCUGGUACAAAGCCUGGCACGCCUUCGCUUACACGAAUUAUGAAACCGUUCUUUUUUACAAACACCAGCAAGGAGAGACCGCCAUCCAGGAAGGUCCACCCACAAACGGAUCCAGGAAUCUCUGCAGUUCUCAGUAUAUAUCUCGCUACACUGUUCCCGCAGUGAAAGGCUUUUUCAAAUCGAUAAAUUUGUCCCACGGAAAUUCCCUUCAGGACACACUUCGCCUCCUCACUCUCUGGUUCGAGUACGGCCAGUGGCCCGAAGUUUACGACGCGAUUGUCGAGGGGAUCCGGAUGAUUGAAAUCAACACCUGGCUUCAGGUGAUUCCGCAGCUGAUAGCCAGAAUCGACACUCCUAGAGCUCUAGUUGGACGCUGCAUUCAUCAUCUGCUGAUCGACAUUGGCAAGACUCAUCCCCAGGCGCUGGUCUAUCCUCUGACAGUGGCCUCGAAAAGUGCCAGCAAUGCUAGAAAGACAGCGGCCAACAAGAUUUUGAAGAACAUGUGUGAACAUAGUCCAACUUUAGUCCAGCAGGCGAUGAUGGCGAGUGACGAGCUGAUCAGGGUGGCGAUACUCUGGCACGAAUUGUGGCACGAGGGACUGGAGGAAGCUAGUCGAUUGUACUUUGGCGAGAGGAAUGUCAAGGGGAUGUUUGACACUUUGGAGCCUCUUCAUGCGAUGUUGGACAGGGGUCCGCAGACCUUGAAGGAAACUUCGUUCCAUCAGGCCUAUGGAAGGGACUUGUCCGAGGCCCUGGAAUGGUGCGGCAGAUUCAAGACUUCGGGAAAUGUGAGGGAUCUGAAUCAAGCCUGGGAUCUUUACUAUCAUGUCUUCCGACGAAUCUCGAGGCAGCUGCCGCAGUUGACGAGUUUGGAGUUGCAGUAUGUUAGUCCGAAACUUCUGAUGUGCAGAGAUUUGGAGUUGGCUGUCCCUGGAAGCUAUCAGCCUGGUCAACCGAUUAUUAGAAUUGCGAGCUUCCACAGUUCAAUGCAGGUUAUUACGAGCAAGCAGCGCCCCAGGAAGCUUUGCAUCAAAGGAUGCAAUGGAAAGGAUUAUAUGUUCCUUUUAAAAGGACACGAAGAUCUCAGACAAGACGAAAGAGUUAUGCAAUUAUUUGGUUUGGUGAACACUCUUUUACUGCACGACCCAGAUACUUUCAGAAGGAAUUUGACUAUACAGAGAUAUGCUGUGAUACCCUUGUCGACAAACAGUGGCCUUAUUGGUUGGGUGCCUCAUUGUGAUACAUUACACACCCUGAUCAGAGAUUACAGAGAAAAGAAGAAGAUUCUUUUGAACAUUGAGCACAGGAUCAUGCUUAGAAUGGCACCGGACUACGAUCACCUGAUGCUGAUGCAAAAAGUCGAGGUUUUCGAGCACGCCCUCGAGCACACAAACGGCGACGAUCUGGCUCGACUCCUUUGGCUGAAAUCGCCCUCGAGUGAAGUUUGGUUCGACCGGAGAACAAAUUACACCCGAUCAUUGGCCGUGAUGUCGAUGGUUGGCUACAUCCUUGGACUCGGAGAUCGACAUCCCUCGAAUCUGAUGCUGGACAGACUCAGUGGAAAGAUCCUGCACAUUGAUUUCGGCGAUUGUUUCGAAGUGGCGAUGACGAGAGAGAAAUUCCCGGAGAAGAUUCCCUUCCGUUUGACCAGGAUGCUGAUAAAUGCCAUGGAAGUGACUGGAAUCGAGGGGACUUACAGAAGAACCUGUGAGUCGGUCAUGUCAGUUCUCCAUAGAAAUAAGGACAGUCUGAUGGCCGUGUUGGAAGCCUUUGUUUAUGAUCCGCUCUUGAAUUGGAGGCUGAUGGACAAUGCGGCUCAGAAGGCCAAAAGGUCUGAUGCUCAGGGAAUGAGUGCGAGCAGCAGUCAAGAACGUGGAGAUAUUCUUGAUUCGAUGACUGCUACUUUGCCGAAGAAAGGAGUGCCUUCCAGUGUCGAGAAUGGAGGGGACAGCAAUCAACCAGAAGCUCUAAAUAAGAAGGCCCUGACAAUAACGAACCGAGUCAGAGAUAAACUAACUGGUCGUGACUUUUCUCACGAUAAAACAUUAAGUGUCCAGCGACAGGUGGAUCUUUUAAUUCAGCAGGCAACUAAUAACGAAAAUCUGUGCCAGUGUUAUAUCGGGUGGUGCCCCUUUUGGUAAAAACCUGACGAAAUACUGGUCCAGUGGUAAGACUAAAAGCACUAAUUAUCGAAUAUUGUGAUUUCCGUUUCGCAUUUCACAUUUCACGUGCCUGUCAGAGAAAAUUUCAGUUACUUCGGAUUUCUGUCGUUGUACUGUUUGUAUAUAAUUCAUUCACACGCGACGUUUACGAUCUAUUUAGGUGAUCAUUUUAUAGAUAUUUUACGAGUAAACUCAUUAUGCUGAUGUAAGAACGAGAAUUUUAUAUUCUCGCAGUUUCGAUGUAUAAAGAUUAAAUUAAAUAAAUAUACAUAC